AUGCAAACGUCAAUGCGGCUGCUCCCACCAAAUUUCCAACAUGUCACGUUUGCAGAUAAAGAAGGCAAGCAGUGUAUCUGUAAAUUGGUCAGGUUACCGGAUGGAGCUAACGAAUGCCCAGAUCGUAAAGGCGAUAGUCCGAGAGAGUCAGCAAAUGUUGACUCUCCUACAAGGAGAGUUAACUAUGCUGGGCCCUCGGUCCGG